AUGGCGGGUAGUUCCGUCUCUUCAAUGACGAAGAAUGCGGAUCUACAGUACGCGAUAAAGCGAAUUUUGAAGCAGCACCAAAGAGAAUGCGAGGACGCAGCCGACUUUGGGAAAGCUCGCGAAGCCCAGGCAGCGUUAAAUGAACUGCAGCAUCGUUGUGAAUUUGAGGGGCUUUGUCGUCUCUUUUGCCAGCAGUACCAACAGUUGGCAGAUGUCGACGAGGCUCACAGAAAACAAUUGCGAACUCUAGAGAUGCAAUGGAAAACUGUACAGCUCCCCUCCCUUGUUGACAGGAUCCGAAAAUGGCGAACUCAGUUGCAAGAAAGACAGAGCGCCGAGCUGCAAAACAUGACAUGGCAAGAAGCAGAAGACAGCAAGUCGAAACCCAAAUUUAGAAAGGAGGCUUUCGAUCUACAGAAGAAGAUGCAAUAUCUCGGCCAUCAAGGGCGAUACGAUGAAGCAGAGGAAGUCCAGCGCCAACUUCUGGCUCAGCAACGUCUAGACGCACAGGAGCACGAGGCGUCUCGGCAAGCCCGCAUAGAACGCCAGGCCGCCAGACUGUCCGAAACUCACGAAGCAGAACGGGCGGCUUUCGAGGCCAGAGUGGAGCGCCUGAUCGAGUACUCCAACCGGCAGAACGCCGCCACUGUUGAUACACUUCGCAGAAAGCACGGCGGACUCAGGAAAAGUAUCACACAUGUGCAAGGGCUGGAGUUACAGAAGGCGCUGCAUGCCUUGAAGUGCCUCAAGCCCGACGAAGGCGUUCGCCUAGUUCGCUCGGUAGUGGCCACACAUAUGCGCAAUUCUCGGAAGACCCAGCAGGGGUCGAGCGCUUCUGGUGAAGGGGGAGGUCCCAAGCUGCUGCCUUUCUCGCAGGAACUACUCCUCCAGUCUUGCAUACGAACCCCCACAGUUUCUGAGGGCUUGUCUUCGCCAGUGGCCGCGCCGUCGGGGCGAAGGGGCCCGACAGCUAUCCAGCCGUCGGCGGCUUCGCCACUGUCUCCUCCCGGGAAGUCGAGAAGAUCAUCCCUUCCAAGAACGUUUCACAGGAAGUCAUCGUCGAGUUUCUCCUCCGAUGCGUCUCGUAGAAGCGCGAGUCAGGCGGCGGCGCUGGCCAGCCACAGCAGACAAAGCACCUCGACAUAUUUCAGAUCCGACACCGCUUUGCACGCCGCUUCGUCUCCGCGAGCAGGGGUCCAGAGUGAGACAAAGACCCUGGCGGCUGGGGAAAGGAAUCGAGCCGCUCCCGCCGUUGGCUCAGCACGAGGCAAACCCGGAGCGGACGCACAAACGGGAUGGCAGAAAAAGAAAGUGCCUCUCCUCCCUGAAGGGGCCGACGCCCUGCACGAAGAGAUUCUGUCUUCUUGGAAGGAAGGCGCUGCCAAAGUGCUUAGAGACAGACAAUCCCUCAUGCCUCUUCGAUGA